AUGGCCAGAAAGCACCUGCUGGGCGUGCUAAUCCUGGGAGGAACACAAGCGCACUCGACUCGCGCGAUUCGUAUUUCGCGCGGGAAACCCGGCCCGAGUGAUGUGCAGUCGGCGAUCGGCAAUCGAUUGCGGCGGAUCGAUAUCGAUGUCUUGCAUAAAGCGCGCGGAGAGGCGGCGUCGUCGCACGUGACUGGUGCCCGUGUGACGGACGUAGCGAGCGCGGCAAGCGUCGACCUCCCCCCCUCCCGACACCCCCACCCCCCCCCCCCACGCCCCCGC